UCUCUCUCAUUAAAAGCUCCCUCUCUACAAGACUUUUCUCAGUCACCACCAGGGUCCAUCUCUCUCUCUCUCUCUCUCUCUGUAGAAUUCCUGUAGAGGGAGCAAUAGCUGAUGAUGUUGAAUGAUCAAUCUUUCUAAAAACUUUUCCCUCUUUUUCUUUCCUUAAAUCAUAUUAACCUUCUUUCUUUGACUUUCUUUCCAUUCCCAUUUUUCUUCUUCUUCACUUUUUCUUCCCUUUGUUGUUUUCUUCCCAAUCAUUUCUCAGAAACCCUUUCUUUGCUCUUUUUUCUAAUCCAAAUCCAAAGAUCUCUGCAACCCAAUUCUUCUUUUCACCUGAUUAAUCUAAAUUCCUAUCUGGGUAUCUUCGGUUUGAUCUUUUUCCCUUGUAAAGUUUCAAUUCUUUUUUAAUUUAUUGGAUUGUAUGAACUACUUAUUCUGCUAAAUGAAGAAGAAAAGUAUAUCUUUUUUAUUGGAUCUUUGCUGUAAGAGAAGCUUCCUAGGAAUUCUCUGAUUUUUUUUUUUGUUGUAUCAUCAACAUUUCUUUCUCUCUUUCCCAAUUUUUAAUGAUUUAAUCUACACCAAAGCCCCACCAAUCCAGCUCAUUUAACCAGGGAUGUCCUCUUAAUCUAUUCAUCAGAUCACAUUCCAAAGUUUCCAUAUUUCCUUCAUUGUUUUUCCUUUUCCUUUUCCUCUGUUUCCUCUGUUCUUUUUUGGAUGUUAUGGGUUGUGCUAGUUCCAAGCAAAAACGAUGCCGGCAUUGCCAGGCUCCUUAUUCACCUGUUCCAAGAAGCUAUUCAAUGCAGGUGCAUCAUCCGGCUCAGCACAAGGGCGAUAGCUACCAUAUUGUAGCUUUAACAUCCACCACAUUAGGCACACUCAAGCUAGAUGCCACCCACCAAAAUAAUGGCAGUAGCAUCAACGUUGCAGCAUUUAAUGGCAAUCUGGAAUCCGGCACUAAAAUCAAUGGGAGUGUAAAGGAAUUCGAGGAGGAGAGUAAAGGGUUGGCUAUGGAAGUGAUUGAAGCAAAAGUUUGGUCGAAAAUGAUUGAAGAUAAGAUCCACAAAGUUGUUCCGAAAACCCCAAUUAGGACUCCUCCUGGAGAGCCUGAAACAAUCAAUACAUGGGAAAUGAUGGCAGGGCUUGAAGAUGUCAGUCCUCUUCGUUCUCCAGGUCAUUUCAGGAGCUUUUCUUUUGAUGUUGUUAGGAGUUUAUCACGUAAAGAAAACGGCACGGUGUCUCCAAAGUCUAUGUGGCUGCAAAUUGAAGAUGACGAUGAUCACAAAUCGGAUUCGGGGAUUAUGGAUUUUGACCCGGAAAUAAUUUCUAGCUUUAGGAAAACGCUUGAACAGCUCCCUUCAGAUAACCCUUUUCAUCUCAGACCUCAGGAGAAUGAAAAAGAGCAAGAUUAUGAGAAGAAAGUAAAUGGGGUUGUUGUUUCAGAUUGUAAGCUUAAGGAUAAGGUUGUUGUGUACUUUACAAGUUUAAGAGGGGUUCGGAAGACAUACGAGGAUUGUUGUCAUGUUAGAGUGAUCCUGAAAAGCCUAGGAAUUCGUAUAGAUGAACGAGAUGUUUCAAUGCAUUCUGGGUUUAAAGAGGAACUGAAAGAGCUAAUGGGGGAAGGGUUCAAAGGUGGAUUGCCAAGGGUAUUUGUGGGGAAAAAAUACAUUGGUGGAGCUGAGGAAAUAAGGCGAAUGCAUGAAGAAGGUCAGCUAGAGAAGGCGGUUGAAGGGUGUGAAAUGGUGGAUGAUGAAGGUGGAGGCAAUUGUGGAGCCUGUGAGGCUUGUGGUGACAUCAGGUUUGUGCCUUGUGAGACUUGUUCAGGGAGUUGUAAAGUGUAUUAUGAAGAUGUUGAUAAAGAAGAAGAACAAGAAGAAGGAGAAGAAAAUGAAGGUGAGUUUGGAUUUCAAAGGUGUCCUGAUUGUAAUGAAAAUGGACUUAUCCGCUGUCCAAUUUGCUGCUACUAAUUAGUUCAUGAAAGACAGAAAAUUUUCCACUCCAUUUUUUUCCGUGUUUUUUUUUAAUCUUUUUUUGGUGAGUUUUCUGUUGUACAGUGAGGAGUUUCCAUGGUAUAAUUUCAGUUCAAGGAACAAGAUAAUGUAUUGUUAUAAGCAGUUUUCUUUAUCAUUACCAGUCAUGUGCUUUUGUGCCUGUAUGUUUCCUUCUAAAAGGAAACUUGUAUACUUUCCAACAAAUGGAGAUUAUAUCUUGA